AUGUCCUACACAUCCUCAAUCCAAGUGAAAUGCCCAUUGUGUACCACAGAAAUCCCCAUCCAAAGUCCAGAAGAACUCUGUGGUCACAUGGCUCAGUGCCAUAAUAUCCAUACAACAAUGCAAUCUAAAUGUUUCGAAAGUUUCGCCCAUUUCCAAAUUUGGUUGUCGCAUAUCGAAGAUUCUAGAUGUGAUGGUGGAUAUUUGGGAUCCAGUCAGGGACCGUCGUAUGAAGAUGAGUACUAUCUGCUCUGUCGUCGUCGUCCAACAGCUACUUCAAAACGCUGUCGAAUGUCUGAUGAUGUGCGAGAAACCAAUUCCAUCGUUGCUUGUACUGCAUUUGUUCAUGUUUUCGAGACAAUGGACGGACGAGUUACAGUAAGAUAUUGUCUGGAUCAUUGUGGACAUUCAACAGAUUCGGAUAAACUUCGACAGACUCAACAGGCAUUCGGAACACGGUCUACACUGAAACGAAGCUCUCCAUGUGCCACUUAUGAAUUGUGUGAUGAGAUUUGUGAUUGUGACGAAUCCUCGUCAUCGAUGGCUUCUUCCCCUAGUUCCUCCGUUGAUUUCGACGACGAAGACGCUUCAAACAACAACUACAAAAUGACCGAUUCGAUGGACGCCUACACAGUUUCCAGUAUGAGUGUUAUCAUUAAUCAACGCCUUGAUUCCACAGCCGAUCGUCUCAAAAGCAUCACAAAAGUCCUUCAAGAGCUCGCCGUCGAUAUUCGGAAUUCGGAUUUACACAGACAAAUGGUUAUUUAA